AUGAUCGAGCUGAAGAUAGCAAUGCAGGGCAACGCUCAUCGCCUCCGUUUCCUUGUGUACGAGGCCGAUGCGUACCCGAACAGUGGAGGUAUGAUGAUGAGCGAGGACGAUGCAGAUUCAGACCUAGUGGAAGCCAUCAACACUCUCUUGACCGCGGAAUCGUUGACGGUCAUGGAUGUGUUGCGGGCCGCAUCGCAAGCAAGCAAGGUGUCGGACAAAGACCUCCUUGCUUGUUUGGAUGAUGGUGCGGGAGAUGGUUUGCAGGACCGGCGGCACUCCGAUGCCGAUGGAAGCUUUGCCUUCGAGGGUGACGAUGAAGGAGAUCUGUGCAUCGAGGCGCCAUCAGAGCGCUCAGAGCGUCCUGGCUGGAAGAAGAUGAAGUGGCAGGAAGUGGAGGACCAAAGAUUAGAAGACCAACGCCUGGCGACGCAGAAGCGGCGAAAAGGUGCGGAAUCGAUGAACAACGAAGAGCUCAAAGCCAAGACGGAGCAGAUCUUCAACUCCUCCGAGGCAUUCAACAUCCUGUCGAACGAGCUCUUCCAGCUUCAGACGCGCAUGACAGCUGGUCUUGAAGCCGAUGCCAUUGACUUCAAUGUCCACAGCUGGGUCGUCAAGCUGCGUGGAUUUUCGAAUGGAAUCUCGGAGGACUUGAAACAGCUGAAUGCACGUUGUGGUUACGACUACGUGGAACUACGAAUAAACUUCCGGGAGGACCUUUAUCCCUUCUACCCUCCUUCGGUAUCCAUCGUGCGGCCUCGGUUGCUGGGAAGACACGACGUGCAGGCAGCGUUGGCUUGCCAUCCACGGCUCCAGCUUAAGGGCUGGAGCCCCUUCCAGUCGUCCAGGGACAUGCUCGUCUCCAUCCGCAGUUUCCUAGAUCGGGUGGCUCGAGUGGACCUGGAAAGCGACAGGAAUACAAUUGUCGAUUUUCCUGAGGGUGCUUUCUCCGUGGUGGAGCAGCAGCUCGGGCUUUUGCGUCGUCUUCGGGGCAUCGUACCUUUAGAUCUCCGACCUGAGACUUUGGGCAAUGCUUAUGAGGAUGACCCUUGGGCACAGAGUGAAGAGCUACAAUCAAGCUCUUUCGGUGCCAUGCUCUCCGGAGGCAGGAAGUCGACCUCGUCUUCUGCGGGUCCAGGAGCUGCUUCUACAAGCUCCGGAAGAUGGGCUGCCGGAGUGGGCUAUGGUACGGCAUGCAUGGGAAGAGGACACGACGGUUGGGAUCCUGCAGCUUUGAAAGCAGCACAGGAGGCUCAGGACUUGGAGCUGCAGCAAGCGGUGUCGUCAAUUAGCAGAAGCCUCUCGCACUACGAGACAGGCAAGGAUGACUUGGCAGACCUGCUGUCCAAGUCAUGUCUGGUGCCCUUCCUGGAAGGUGAACUUGCUGCAUCCUACACAAGCAUCAGCGAGCGAUGUGGCAUCUUCCGAGAAGUGUUGGGUUUGGUUAAACAGCUGCUGGUCAGCCUGCCGCAGCAUGCGCCCAGCUUGUUGCAGCCCAUCCGAGACCACUUGGCGGCGGCUAAGGCUUCAGCGGAGACCUUCCAGCGUUGUCUGGGCCAGUGCGCCUCUCACGAGGAUGCUGCCAGGGACGUGGCCUUUGCCAAGCUUGUGGCGGCAACUGCCGAUGACCUGGAGAGGCUUUGCCAUGCACCACGGUCACUUCCAGCAUCAGGAAGUGCUCAGACGGAAUACAGUCGCGUGCUGUCUGUGCACCAGCUGGACUCGAGCAGCAUUGAAGAUGGGCAUGCCUUUGCACAGAUUGCCCGGAACGAGCACUGCAUACCACAGGCGCGCACGGUUCGUUUGGCCAAGGAGUUAGCGGGCCUGGCUGCAUUGUUGCCGCUGUCGGACUCCUCAUCAGUGUUUGUGCGCAACGGUUCACAGCAGCAGCAGCUAUGGCGGGCUUUGAUCACAGGGCCGGAGGAUACUCCCUACAGCGGAGGAUGCUUUGUCUUUGACGUGUACUUCCCCGUUGGCUAUCCGAAUGGACCGCCAGAAGUAAAGCUCUUGACUACAGGCGGAGGGACUGUGUGCUUCAAUCCCAACCUCUACAGCAGCGGGAAGGUGUGUCUUUCCUUGUUGGGAACCUGGCAAGGUGAGCGAAGUGAGAGCUGGGAUGCGCAGACCUCCCGCGCGGUGCAGGUGCUCGUCUCCAUACAGUCGCUGAUCUUAGUGCCACAGCCGUACUUCAACGAGCCGGGCUAUGAGACACAGAUUGGGACACCUCGUGGAGACAGUCAAAGCAAAGCCUACAACGCCACAGUGCGCGAGAACUGCAUCAGGUGGGCCAUGAUCGACGUGUUGAGAUCGCCUAUGCCAGAGUUUGCUGAAGCUAUCAAGCUGCACUUCAAGCUGCGUGGCCCCAAGAUCCAGGAGACAGUCACAGCAUGGAUUGAAGAGGCCGACAGCGCCGUUCAUCGCGCAAAUCUGGUCGCGUUAUCCCAUCAGCUGAACCGCGAGUUGCAGAGAUGUGGGUAG